GUGACAGUGAGACUCCAUCUUGGAAAAAAAAAAGUAUUUUAUUUAGCAUUGACCUUGGACAGUCUGGUGACUGUAUGCCUUGGUGAUGCUCAUUUUGUAUAGUAUCUUGCAGGUGUUCUCUGAAUUUCUUGUAUCUGGAUGUCUACCUCUAGCAAGAUUAAGGAAACUUUCUUGAAUUAUUCCCUCAAAUAUGUUUUUCCUUCUUAGGAAUGCCAGUAAUUCAUAGGUUUGGUUGUUUUACAUAAUCCCAUAUUUCUCAAAGCCUUUGUUCACCUUUAAAAAUUAUUUUUUCCUUAUUUUUAUGUAACUGAGUGAGCUCAAAAGAUCAGUCUUCAAGCUCUGAAAUUCUUUCUUCUGCUCAGUCCAGUCUAUUGAUAAAGCUUUCAAUUGUAUUUUGAAAUUCCCUGAGUGAGUUUUUCAACUCCAGAAGUUCUGAUUGAUUUCUUUUUACCAUAUUUAUCUCUUCCUUCAUUUCCUGGAUUGCUUUAGAAGUUUUGUGUUGUUGAUUUUUAACCUUGACUUGGGUCUCAUUGAUCUUCCUUGUAAUCCAUGCUUUGAAUUAUGUAACUGUUCUUUCUGAGUUUCUAUUUUGGGUAUAGACCAUUGCUAGAGAGCAAGUUUGAUCCUUUGGUGGUGUCAUUAUAUUCAGAUUUUUUGUGGUGCCAGAAUUCUCGCACUGAUUCCUUCUCAUCUGGAGAUGCUGGCAUUUUAAUUUUAUAGUGAUUUUCAUGUGGGUAGGAUUAUUUAUUUUUCCUUCUUUCCCUAUAAUAUUGUUGGUUUUUUUUUUUUUUUUCUUUCCCUUUCCCUUUUCCCCCCUCUCUAAGGAGUGUGACUAUUAAGAAUGCUGGGUAGGGUCUUUUGGCUUUGCUUCUACAACCCUUUUCACUUCUGUCAACAGGUUUUGGGCUGUGCAGUUCAACCUACAAGUCAGUAGAUGGUGCUUAUAGGUAAGAGCCUGCUCUGGCCAAUGUGACUGGGUGUAUACUUGAUCCUUGUUUAUGGGGAAAAGCUCUGUUACCUCAGGCAAUGAGCUAAUUCAUGAGGUCCAUAGUGGUCUGAGCUCCCUGCUCAGACACAGGGAGGUAGGGGCCAAAAUGGGCAGAGCUGGACUGGGCAGGUCCAAAUACAGGUCCCCUAAUGACAGGUACAAGCACCAGCACCAAGGGGGAAUGCAGUGGGUAGCCACACUAAGCACCUAGAGAUGCUUGGGAAAUUUCCUUGACCCCAAGUUCCCUGCUCAGGAAUGGGGGCGGCCUAGACUAAUCCAGUAGAGUCACUGAUCCAGAUGCCUGAAGAUCUGUCUAGGCAUGGAGCCCCGCUACACCAGGAUCUAUGCACAGGAAGGGUGGGGUGCUCAGGCUGCUGUUCCAGGCGAGCGAGUGCUCUGAAUGCCUGGAGAUCUGCCUGAGCAUGGAGGAGAGAGGGCCCCCUGUACCAAGACCUCUGCACAGGAGGGUUUGGGUGACUCAGACUGCUGAUCGAGGCAAAUGGGUGCUCUGAAUGCCUGAUGAUCUGCCUGGUCAUGGAGCAGAGAGGGCCUUGCUGCACCAUCAUCUAUGUCUUGGAAUGGGAGGGGCAGCAGCUCAGGCUGCUGAACCAGAUGAGCAAGUGCACCUAAUGCCUGGAGAUCUGCUGGGGUGCAAAACGGAGAGUGCCUCCCCACACCCAGAUCUCUGCACAGGAAGGGUAGGGCACUCAGGCUGCUAGUCCAUGUGAGCAGGUGCUCCAAAUGCCUAGAGAUGUGCCUAGAGGUGGAGUGGAGAGGGCACCCUUGCACCACAAUCUAUACACAGGAAAGGUAGGACAACUCAGGCUGCUGAUCCAAGGAAGGGGGUGCUCCAGACACCUGGAGAUCUGCCUGGGUGUGGAGCAGAGAGAGCCAUGCUGUACCACAAUCUAUGUCCAUGAAGGGUGGGGCAGCUCAGGCUGCUGGUCCCAACAAGCAAGUGCUCCAAAUGCCUGGAUUUCUGCCUGAGGGUGGAGCAGAGAGGGCUCUGCUGCACCACAAUCUCAGGGGAGCUGGCUGGGUCACCCUGCAGUGACAUAUGCAGACUAGUUCCAGGUCACUAAGCUAGCCCUGGCUGCAAGUCUCAUCACACAGGAGAAACUGCAGCUGUAGCAGCUCUCCUCCCACCUCAGGCCUGCAAAGGGGUAGCGCACAAUCCCAGCACCUACCGCUGAGGCUCUUUGCACAGUUCUGGCUGUGGAGACCCCUACCCUAAGCCAGAGCAGGUGCUCCAAUUGCUGAGCCAAGACUAAAAUGCCUGUGUGGCCACACUGCUAGGUCACCAGAGAAUGACUGACUGUCCACGCCUGGAUUAAAAAUGGCACCCUGCCUUCAGUCCCGAGUCUGGGAAAAUGUUUGCAGCUUUUCUCUGUCUUUUCCUCACAAUGUUUCCAAGCUGCUUCCCCAAGUUAGCUCCAGCGCUUGUGAGAAACAAAGUGCUCUCUCUCAGCCUGGGUUGCUUGGAUCCCAGGUGGAAAGCCUGUUCCUGGUGCUCGGAGUUGAAGCAGCCGUAGUGCAACCAAGAGGCUUCCCUCCAUCAACACACUGAGGCUGCCAUAACAGAGAGAUGGAAAGAGCCCAGUUCUCCAAGGAUAUUGCUGAAUCUUUGCACCAACUCUGAUACUUCCAGACUGUAUUUCAUGAGGUUAAUAAACCUCUUUGAUAUGCUUGACUCGGGCCACAUGAGAAUAACAGAUCUUUGGGCAGUCCAAGGCCCCCAAACACAGUGGAGUGUGGACAGUUAUAAACGGCGGCCCUGUCACCUGCUCUUUAGGCCUUCGCUGUUCAGCCAGUCUCCUGGACUCCUUUCUAGCCCUGACAUCUAUUGCAGAAGAUCCCCUAGUCCCAGGCCUCUGACCCAGCCAAUCCCUGCACACUCUGCCUUUAUUCCAAGACCAGGUCUGUUGCCUUCACCCCACUGCUCACUUAGCUGUCUUUCUGCCGACUCCUCUACUGACUGCAAGCUCCCUGAGGGCAAAAUCCAGCCAGCAUCUAGCACAGUACUCACAGCACGAGGCUCUAAAGAUUUGUGCUGUUAAAGGAGCAGUUACGAGUGGCAAGAGCCUCCUGAUCUAGCACCCAAGACUGCCGCUGACCUUUGGCCAUGUACCCCAACCCUCUCAUCUAUUGCACCUGCUGGGACCCCUGGAACUUGGGACCACGGAAGCUAAUCAAGACCCCUCAACUACCACACAAGAACUCCACAGGGAGGUCCAAGCUAACUCCUCUUCUACCAGCUCCAAAAAAUCACAAUUACCUCCAACCAACAAAACCUGUUGUUUCCCCGAAAAAGAAAAUCCAUGCAGCAAGGCAAGAAGAGAGCAAUAAAUCAUUUUAUGAAGUGAUCAACGUGUCACCUGGCUAUCAACUUGUUCGGAAUCGGGAACAGAUUUCUGUCACCUUAGGGGAUGAGAUGUUUGAUGGGAAAAAGCGGUGGGAAUCGGAGAUCCCAAACAAAGGCAGAUUUUCCAGGACCAACAUCAUUUCUGACCUACAAGAGCAAAUUUCAGAGCUGACAGCAAUAAUUGAACAAAUGAACAGAGACCACCAGUCUGCCCAGAAAUUGCUCUCCAAUGAAAUGGACCUCCGCUGUGCUGAGAUGAAACAGAACUUUGAAAACAAGAACAGGGAGCUCAAAGAGGCCCAUGAAGCAGAACUCAGUGAGUUGGAGAACAACUACAAAACAGCCUUGAAGGCGGAGAAGUUGGCUGCCCAAGAGAAGCUAGAGGAGAUGGGAAAAGAAUACAAGUAUUUGAAGAAUAUGUUUCGUACGUAUCAGGACAGUAUUUAUGAUGAAAUGGAAGAGAAGUGGUCAAAACAGAAGGCAAAAUGGAAGAAGGAUGAGAAGUUGGAGCGAGAAAAUAUCGUGCUACAGCAAAAAAAAAAGAUGACCAAAAAAUUCGAAUUGGAGUCAGGAGAAGAAGAGAAGAAAAUAAAUGAAUCCUGUGGCACUGUCUUUGAGAACUUCAUUCAAGAGAAGGAGGAGCUCUUGAAACAACAUCAAAGUGAUACCUUGCAAUUAGAAGAGCUGAGAAAAACCAAAGAGGUCAUGGAGGAAGAAUUGCAUGCACAAGCCCUCAUCCUAGAGUCACUUAACGCAAACCUCUACUAUACCCAGAUGGAACUCCAAAAAGAGAAAGCUAUAGUGGGAAAUCUGGAGAAAAUACUUCAAACCAAGUGUGCUGAAACUGAAGAAAAGUAUAAGUACACCAUACAGAUCCUGAUGGAAGAGAACAUUCAUCUGAAGCAAAAGGUAAUUUCUAAGAAUGAAGAAAUGUAUGAAGAAUAUUCUGGGAGAUUGGCCUCUAUUACUGUUUCUAAGGAUGAUUCUGACACUGUGGAAGAUGGUAGCAAGAAAAGACAAUCAUAAACAUAAAGUUGCUCUCCAUUGUUGAAGAUGGUCGGCACACCAUUUCUGUAGGCCCAGGAAACUCCUGGGAGGGUUUUCUUAAGAACAUGUGUAUAAUGAGUUUAGUUCUUGGGUUGCUCUGACUCUAUUUUUGCUCUCUUCUGAGUGGCUGAAAAUGUUUGAAUUCUCAUCUGAAUUUCACAGCUUAUCACGGACGCUUCAUUGAAAAAUGAUGCUCUCCAUACUGGGAGCUGAGCUUUCUCUGAGUUUUGUACUAUUUUUCUUCCACCUUUAUGUAUUUCAUAGGAAAGAAAUAGAUUUGAAAGCCUUCUUCCUAUUGAACUUUUACUAUAUUUGGGGGGUGUACCUUUGUCCCCUGGGGGCAUUUAGGUAGCAAAAAAAGAUGAUGUGUUGAUUUUAUUCUAAAACCUUUUUCUCUCAUACCCAUGCCCCCUACUUCCCUACCUCUCAAUCAUGUUCCCUGACCUAUGACUUAGGAAGGGUUUCUGAUGAUUCUUACCACCUUCUCUGGACCAUCACCAGAAUUCAGACACCCACAGGGCAGGCAACAUAAAUAAGUGAAGUGGGCUAGACACAAGGAAAACAAUUGCAUGAGCACAGUGGUAAGUGACAACUGACAGCAGCCUCAGUAGAGGGGCUUGGGCAGGGCUGGGGCACAACAGGUGGAGAAAAAUGACCUGCAGAGCACUGUCCCAUCUGAAGAAGGUGCUUCUCAGAUCUUUGCCAUGCAAAAGCAUGAGGUCAAUAUUGUCAGAUAUUAUGAUUUUUUCAAAGAAGGUAUCCUGGUUUUUAUGUGAUAUCUCCUAACUUUUAAACGUUGACAACAAAUUUUAAAAAUACAACUGUGUGUGCCAAUCAUGGGAGACUCAAGUAGAACAUGUCUGUGGUCCAGAUGUUUUCCACCUGUGAGAUGUCAUUGGCAGAAACCAAAAUCAAACACAAAAAAAUCUCCAAGGAGCAAUAAGAUCAAGUUAUACUUUAUUCUAUUAAAAAGUAUUUUUGAAAAAAGAUACUUAAAUUUUAAAGAUAACUUAAUUCCUAAUGAUUUAAAAUAAUCCAAGCAGAGAUGAAAGAGCAAAUGCAAAUGCAUAAAAAGACUCCACA